AUAAAUAUCAUGAUCAUCAUCCAUUCGUCAGAUGAUAGAAAUUAUUAUUCUGUUCAUCUCGUUUGCACACCGUUACGAGUUUACGACGACCUUUCCAAAGACGAGUUUUCACCCGUUGACAAUCGACUUCGAGUGUGAUUGCACGUUAUAGCAGCUGUACAGUUAUUUUUACGAUAUUAUUAUUAUAUCGGUAUUCGGUAUGCAAAAAUUACAAAAUAUGUUGAUAGUAAUUGAGUUCGCGACGACGUGUUGACAUUUCGUACGGUGCCUAUGUUCGAUCAUUAUCGUGGUAACCAAAACCAGUAUCUACACCGAUAUUGGUGAUAUUAUGCGUUAGGCUUGCGUUACACGAUGGCUGCUAAAAUACAACCAUUUGAUCCUCCGAGUUCUGCCAGUUCCGAUAGUGAUUUGAACGAAUAUCGUGAUGUAGUUGGUGACAUUUCGGUUGCUUUAGAUAAUGAUGACGAAGAAAGUGAUAGCAUAAUCUCAUCUAGUAUGUCACCAUCUAAACAGUCGACUAGUGCGCCAUCAACGGUGUUGGUGAAAUCUCCUCGAUCAACUUUACGACAAAGAACAACUUCUGUCAGCCAAUCGACUAAAAAAACAGCUACAGAGUCAGUAUUGCAGUCUCACACGCGCACAAUUUACACAGCUGGUCGACCACCAUGGUACAACACUGCUGGACAACAAGUAGAACCAUUUGUUAUUGGUGUAUGUGGUGGAAGUGCUUCUGGGAAAACAACUGUGGCUAGAAAAAUAAUAGAAUCGUUAAAUGUACCAUGGGUUGUAUUGCUUAGCAUGGAUUCAUUUUAUAAGGUGUUAACUGAAGAACAACACGAGAAAGCUGCUCAUAAUGAGUAUAACUUUGAUCAUCCAGAAGCGUUUGAUUUUGAACUCUUGACUUCUACUUUACAAAGAUUAAAAGAUGGCAAAAAAGUUGAAGUACCUAUUUAUAAUUUUGUCACACACGCCAGAGAAACUAAAACUAAAACAAUGUAUGGCGCAAAUGUUAUAAUAUUUGAAGGAAUUAUGGCAUUUUAUAAUACAGAUGUUUUGAAGAUGUUGGAUAUGAAGGUGUUUGUAGAUACUGAUGCUGAUAUUAGAUUAGCACGGAGACUCAAGAGAGAUAUAUCUCAACGAGGUAGAGAUCUUCAAGGUGUUUUAAAACAGUAUUGUAAUAUGGUAAAACCAUCAUUUUCACAUUAUAUCGCUCCGUCCAUGAUCCAUGCUGAUAUCAUUGUACCCCGAGGUGGAGAUAAUACAGUUGCUAUAGAAUUAAUAGUUCGUCAUGUACAUAAACAACUACAAGCGCGAGGAUUUAAAUUACGAGAAACACUUGCAAUGUCUUAUAUCGGUCAACCUCUACCCAGUUCUAUUCAUCUAUUGCCAUCUACACCACAAACACAAGGCUUACAUACAUUUAUACGAAACAAGGACACACCCAAGGAUGAAUUUAUAUUUUAUUCCAAACGGCUUAUUAGACUAGUUAUUGAGUUUGCGCUAUCAUUGUUGCCAUUCAAAGAUGUUAUUGUAGAUACUCCCCAGUGUGUCCCAUAUUCUGGUAAGAGAUGUGCUAGUGACAAGAUAUGUGGUGUGUCGAUUUUGAGAGCUGGAGAAACAAUGGAACAAGCAGUUUGUGAUGUUUGUAAGGACAUACGUAUCGGGAAAAUUUUGAUUCAAACAAAUAGAUCCACUGGCGAACCAGAACUCUAUUAUUUGCGCCUACCUAAAGAUAUUAAAGACUAUAUGGUAAUUUUAAUGGAUGCCACAGUAGCUACCGGUGCAGCUGCAAUGAUGGCCAUUCGAGUACUUUUAGAUCAUGAUGUUCCUGAAGAAAAUAUUUUAUUGGUGUCAUUACUAAUGGCUGAAUCUGGGGUGCACACAAUUGCAUAUGCAUUUCCUCAAGUGCGCAUCGUUACAUCAGCUGUUGAUCCAGAAAUAAAUGAAAAAUUCCAUGUUUUACCAGGAAUUGGUAAUUUUGGUGAUAGAUAUUUUGGCACUGAACCGGAAGAGUACUUAUCCAGUUAGUGAAGCAAUUCAACUGAAGUCCUUAAUAAAUUGUGCUGAAUUUUUAUUACGAGUUCUAUUAACUUACAAUUAUUUUUCAACUAUUAAUUUCUCACAAUACUAUAUAUUAAGGUGUUUUGAAAUUGGAUGUACUUAAUGUAAGACUUUUAGUAUUAAUCAGAUUUAUGGUUUAUAAUUGUUGUUUAAGAAUUGGAUUGAUAUUAUUGAAUAAACAAUUUAAUUUUAUAAUGAGUUUA